AUGAACCCGGCACAGGGCAUGCGCGUGAGCUCCGCCCCGGGACAGGCGCGCGCGGCAAACUUGUUUCGGGCCGGGCCGGCCAUGGCGGUGCUGCACUACUACCAGCGUCCCGGGGCGGAGAGCGUCCCCGACUCCCUGCUGCGCUCGGCCCAGGCCGUGCUGGGGGGCGUCCGGGCCCUGCAGCGGGAGCUGUGCUACAACGUCAGCUGGACAGGCGCGUCCCCCCCCAGCCCCCGGGAGACCGAGCUGCUGCACUGGCUCUUCGGCUGCCCCUUGGAAUCCGGAGACGUGGCCACCGAGUCCUUCCUGCGCCCGGCGCCUACCGACCUGCUGAUGGAGAUCGGGCCGCGGCUGAGCGUCUCCACGGCGUUCAGCACCAACGUGGUGUCCGUGUGCCGGGCCGCGGGGCUGGCCGGCGUGGGGCGGGUCGAGCGCUCCCACCGCUACCUGCUGCAGUGCGCCCAGCGCCCCACGCCCGCCCAGGAGGCCGCCCUGGAGGCGGCGCUCAGCGACCGGAUGACGGAGCAGCGCUACCGGGAGCCGAUCCGCAGCUUCGCCGUGGCCGCCCGCCCGGCCCCCACCUGGCACGUGGACGUGCUGGGGGGGGGCCGCCCCGCGCUGGAGAGAGCCAGCCAGGAGCUGGGCCUGGCCUUCGGCGCCUGGGACCUGGAUUUCUACACCGAGCUCUUCAGGGGCUUCGGGCGCAACCCGACCAGCGUGGAGUGUUUCGACCUGGCCCAGUCCAACAGCGAGCACAGCCGACACUGGUUCUUCAAAGGGCGCCUCCUGGUGGACGGGGAGGAGGUGGCGGAGUCGCUGUUCGAGUCCAUCAUGCGCACCCAGGAGAGCAGCAACUCCAACAACGUCAUCAAGUUCUCCGACAACAGCAGUGCCAUCCAGGGCAGGGACGUGUGGUCCCUGUGGCCCCGCGACCCCUCCCGCCCCAGCCCCUUCGAGAAGAGACAGUCGACCCGGCACGUCAUCUUCACUGCCGAGACCCACAACUUCCCCACGGGGGUGGCCCCCUUCAGCGGCGCCGCGACGGGGACGGGCGGGCGGAUCCGGGACGUGCAGUGCACGGGGCGCGGGGCCCACGUCAUCGCCGGCACGGCCGGGUACGGCUUCGGGAACCUGCACAUCCCUGGCUACCCUCUGCCCUGGGAGGACCCGGCCUUGCCGUACCCCCAGAACUACGCCCACCCCCUGCAGGUGGCGCUCCGGGCCAGCGACGGCGCCUCGGACUACGGCAAUAAAUUCGGGGAGCCGGUCCUGGCCGGGUUCGCCCGUUCCUUCGGCCAGCAGCUCCCCGACGGGCGGCGCCGCGAGUGGAUCAAACCCAUCAUGUUCAGCGGGGGGAUCGGCGCCAUGGAGGCCAGUCACGUGCGCAAGGAGCCCCCCGAGCCCGGGAUGCAGGAGGUGAAAGAGGGGGGCCCCGUGUACCGGAUCGGAGUCGGGGGGAGCUCGGCCUCCUCCAUCCAGGUGCAGGGGGACAACGCCAGCGAGCUGGAUUUCGGGGCGGUGCAGCGGGGGGACCCCGAGAUGGAGCAGAAGAUGAACCGGGUGCUGCGGGGCUGCGUGGAGAGAGGGGAGGCCAACCCCGUCUGCAGCCUGCACGACCAGGGGGCCGGGGGCAACGGGAACGUGCUGAAGGAGCUGAGUGACCCAGCCGGGGCCGUGAUCUACGCCAGCCGCUUCCAGCUGGGGGACCCCACGCUGAGCGUGCUGGAGAUCUGGGGGGCCGAGUACCAGGAGUCCAACGCCCUCCUGCUGCGCCCCCCCGACGCCGAGCUGCUGCAGCGCCUGGGCCGGCGCGAGCGCUGCCCCGUGGACGUCGUGGGCACCGUCACCGGGGACGGCCGGAUCGUGCUGGUGGACGACCUGGAGGCCCCGGUGACGGACGUGGGGCCGGGGAAGCCCAACGGGAAGAGGACGCCGGUCGACCUGCAGCUGGAGAGGGUGCUGGGCCGCAUGCCACGGAAGGAAUUUGUCCUGUCCCGCCAGAGCCCCGCCCUGCGCCCCCUGCGCCUGCCCCCCGGGCUGAGUGUGGGGGACGCCCUGGAGCGGGUCCUGCGGCUGCCGGCCGUGGCCAGCAAACGCUACCUGACCAAUAAGGUGGACCGGUCGGUGACGGGGCUGGUGGCCCAGCAGCAGUGCGUGGGGCCCCUGCACACCCCCCUGGCCGACGUGGCCGUGGUGGCCCUGUCCCCCUUCGAGAGGGUGGGGGCGGCCACGGCCCUCGGGGAGCAGCCGCUCAAGGGGCUGGUGGACCCGGCCGCGGGGGCCCGGCUGGCCGUGGGGGAGGCGCUCACCAACCUGGUCUUCGCCCGCGUCACCGACCUGCGGGACGUGAAGUGCAGCGGGAACUGGAUGUGGGCGGCCAGGCAGGCGGGCGAGGGGGCGGCGCUGGUGGACGCCUGUGGGGCCAUGUGCCAGGUCAUGGCCCAGCUGGGGGUCGCCGUGGACGGGGGCAAGGACUCGCUCAGCAUGGCGGCCCGCGUGGGCCCGGACGUCGUCGUGGCGCCCGGGACACUGGUCGUCUCCGCCUACGCCGUGUGUCCGGACAUCACGGCCACCGUCACACCCGACCUCAAGUGCCCCGACGGCCAAGGGGCCCUGCUGUACGUGGGGCUGGGCCCCGAACGGCACCGGCUGGGGGGCAGCGCCCUGGCUCAGUGCUACUCCCAGCUGGGCGAUCGCUGCCCCGACCUGGAGAGCCCGGGGGCCCUGGCGGCCGCCUUCCGCCUCACCCAGCGGCUGCUGCAAGAGUCGGUGCUGAGUGCGGGGCACGACGUGAGCGACGGGGGGCUGGUGACCUGCCUGCUGGAAAUGGCCUUCGCCGGGAACUGCGGGCUGCAGGCCGAGCUGGUGGCCCCCGGAGCCAGCGCCCGGGAGGUGCUGUUUGCCGAGGAGCUGGGCCUGGUGCUGGAGGUGCCCAGCGCGGCGGCGGGAGACGUCUGCAGACGGUACGAGGAGGCCGGAGUGCGGUGCCUGCCCAUCGGGCACACGGGCCCCCUGGGCCCGCAGGCCAUGGUGCGGCUGCGGGUGAACGGGCAGGAGGAGCUGGCGCGCCCCGUGGGGGAGCUCCGGGCCCUCUGGGAGGCCACGAGUUUCCAGCUGGAGCGGCUGCAGGCGUCACCCCACUGCGUGGAGCAGGAGGAGAGGGGGCUGGCGCGGCGCGUGGGCCCCACCUUCACCCUGACCUUCGACCCUGCGGUCAAGCCCCCGCUGCUGCGCCAGCUGGCCCAGCCCGGCCCGCGCGUGGCCGUCCUGCGGGAGGAGGGCAGCAACGGGGACCGCGCGAUGGUGGCAGCGUUCGUCCUGGCCGGGUUCCAGGCCUGGGACGUGACCCUGCAGGACCGGUGCGCGGGGGAGGUGACUCUGGAGUCCUUCAGGGGCCUGGUCUUCGUGGGGGGCUUCAGCUCCGCGGACGUCCUGGGAUCUGCCAAAGGCUGGGCAGCUUCGGUGACCUUCAACCCCCGGGCCCGGGCCGAGUUCGAGGCGUUUCGCCGGCGCAGGGACACGUUCAGCCUGGGCGUCUGCAACGGCUGCCAGCUGAUGGCGCUGCUGGGCUGGGUGGGGGGCGAGAGCCCCCGGAGCGACGCCGCGGAGGGGGCCGCCCGCCCCGGGGUGCUGCUGGCCCCCAACGACUCGGGCCGGUUCGAGUCGCGUUUCGUGGCGGUGGCCGUCGAGGAGAGCUCGGCCGUGAUGCUGCGGGGCAUGGCCGGCUCCACCCUGGGCAUCUGGGUGGCACAUGGAGAAGGUCGCAUGCGGUUCCGCUCCCCCGAGGUGCUGGCUGCCGUGACCUCGGGGCACCUGGCCCCACUGCGCUACGUGGACGACCAGGGCCAGCCCACCCAGCAGUACCCCCUGAACCCCAACGGCUCCCCGCUGGGCGUCGCCGCGCUCUGCUCGCCCGACGGCCGCCACCUGGCCAUGAUGCCGCACCCCGAGCGCUGCGUCCUGCCCUGGCAGUGGGCCUGGAUGCCGCCCGCCUGGCGCCAAACCAUGGAGGUCUCGCCCUGGCUGCGCCUCUUCCAGAACGCCUGCGAGUGGUGCCUGCGCCAGCCCUGCGACGGCGCCGCCCGGGGCAGCCAGCCGAGGGCUCUCGGGGCGGGGGAACCGCAGAGCAAACGGGGCCGAGCAGCCCCGGACGCUGGGGAUUGUUCCAAUACUUCGAUUUAGCAACCGGCACGAACCAGCCUCUGUGUUACCUCCCUGCUCCCUUAGAGUCCAAACCCGCAGCUCCCUUCAGUGCCCGGCCCCCGGCCAGACACACGCGGCAGAGACGACGACGGUUCCUGAACAUCUGA